AUGCUGGCUUCUUAUGGUGAUUAUUCUGUUGCAGAGGAUGGUUUUCUUAUUUAUAAAGUCUUUUAUGAUUUUUGUGUUGCUCGCUUGAGUUUCGGCUGCGCCCAGUUCCUUGCUGAUUAUACUUCUUUUAAGCAACCUUCUUUUAGCUAUUGCAAAGUUUUUUUUGCGGGUGAUAGUUGGGUUCCGCUUCUUAACUGUUGUGCGCGUUUUGUGCGUGAUCAGCUUCUGGGCGAGUUUUGUCGUGCUCUUAAUUGUUCUGAGUUGUGUGUACGCAAUAUAAAACUUAUGGCCAAUAUGUCCGAGAUGCGUGUGGAUGUGAUUGUGAUUCAUGAGGAAGGGGUUUUACCGUGUCCACAAGAUCUUUUAAGCUCCUACCCAUAUGACUUGUUAAGAGACCUUUAUGCGAGCCGCGAAGCUCUUCUUCUGCUGAACCUUGAUGAAUUCUUUUUAGAUGAGAUGGAUUUGCUUCCUCUGUGGGCCUAUGAUGAGGUGCUUCCUUUUGAGGUUCCAGCAUCUCGAGCCCUUAUCGACCACGAGGCGGACUGUAAUCCCAAAGUAACUUCAAAUUCGUCACCCUCACAAUCUAAUGGAAUUCCUGCAACUAUGGUUCUGGAUAUCAGCUGCUCAAGUUCGGGGAUGCAUAGCUGA